AACCGUGGAGUCAGUGUUGUGUUUGAUGUCCAAUAGUGAGAGCGCCCGUGACGGGUGCCGGCGCCCGGUUUCGUGCUUAUCGAUUCGACUAAAAACUUACAUCACGGCACAUUUUCCCACGAUUCUGUGCGAGCGUGCGUGACCUUGAAUUCGAUCGCGAUGUUUCUGGUUCUGCUAACAACGUUUUUCGGCAUCGCCAUCACCUGGCUGGCUGUAACCAUCAUGCGGAACCGUGCUACCGUGUCGAAACUCAAAAAACAGCUUCCCCACUUUACGGUUAUUCCAGCGAUUCCGGUGCUUGGCUCGGCGUAUCACUUCAAAGAUCCGACACCCGAAGGCAUCUUCAAUACUUUUACUGGGUUUCAUAAGCAGUACGGCAGGAAUCUAAUUGCCCAGGGUCUGUUUAACGUCCCAUCAAUGCAGAUCACUGACCCGAAGGUGAUCGAGCAGGUUAUGCAAGCGCGCACGAUUGAAAAGACGAUCAUUUACGACUUUAUGAUCCCCUGGCUUGGGACGGGAUUGGCAAUAUCGACCGGUGCGAAGUGGGCCCAACGUAGGAAGAUCAUUACGCCUACGUUUCACUUCAAGAUACUGGAAGACUUCCUCGUCAUCAUGAACCAUCAAACAGAUGUGCUGAUCGAGAAGCUGAAACAGAACGCGAAUAGUACGGAUUUCGAUAUUUACGAGCAUGUGACGUACUGUGCGUUGGACAUCAUCUCAGAAUCCGCAAUGGGCGUGAAGCUGAACACGCAGCAGCAACCCAACUCGGAGUAUGUGAUGGCAGUGAAAGAAGUAUCGGAUAUCAUCUUGAAGCGUCUAUUCUCCUUCCUGCGUGAGUACAAGUGGGCCUUCCAGUUCACCAAGGCCCAUCGCCGUCAGGAAGAGCUGGUUAAGAUCAUUCAUAAUUUCGCGUAUCAGGUGAUAAGCGAACGCAAGAAGCAACUGGAAGACGAACGAGAACGGAAACGGACACUGGAAAAGCUUGUGGAAGAGGACGUCUACGGUAAACGUCGGAUGACUCUGCUGGACCUCCUGCUAAACGUCACGAUCGACGGAAAACCCCUCUCCGAUUCGGACAUCCGAGAGGAGGUUGAUACGUUCAUGUUUGCGGGUCACGAUACGACCACCUCCUGCAUCAGCUUUGCCGCGUACUAUCUCUCUCGUGACGCUACCGUCCAGCAGCGUGUGUACGAUGAGAUUCUCGCUAUCGUGGGCCCGGAUGCCAAAACUCAAGAGCUUACCUACGGCACACUGCAGGAACUGAAGUACCUUGAGAUGGUGAUAAAGGAGACGUUGCGAAUGAACCCAUCCGUGCCGAUCAUUGGACGUCGAUCAGCAGGCGACAUGCUUAUCGAUGGUGUUACCAUUCCGAAGGGAAUGGAUUUCGGUAUUCUUAUCUACGCGCUGCACAACGAUCCAGAGCUGUACCCUGAACCGGCCCGUUUCAAUCCGGAACGGUUCAGUGAGGAAGCUUCGGAAAAGCGACAGCCAUACAGCUACAUUCCGUUCAGUGUCGGCGCUCGUAACUGUAUCGGACAGCGGUAUGCGAUGCUGGAGAUCAAAACGAUGUUCGUAAAGCUGGUGGCCAACUAUCGAUUGCUGCCCUGCGAUGAACGUAAUCAACUGCGCAUCAAAACGGACAUGACGCUGAAGCCGGUAGACGGUUCUUUUAUUAAAAUUGUCCCUAGAUAGAGGCUUUCCAGAUUAAGAAAUACGUAACAUGGAAUAUGAGGAAAAAUACAGACCAAAAAUUUUACACUAAACAGUCAAACUAAAUAAAGAAAUUGAAGUUACUUCUAGGCAACGGUGUCUUAGUAUAGUCCAAUCUUGCAAGAGAUUGUAAAAGAAAAAUAAAGUAGAAAUUCAUUAC